AGUGGAAACUUCAUCUCAUUCCGCGCUUCGCUGUCACACAAACAAUACGUCCUUAUUUUUGUAUUAUCUAUAUUUAAAUAGCGUUUUUGGUGGCAAUAUAGAGAAGACUAGUUCAGCGCUCCCAUAUUCGUCUUAAAGUAACCAGAAAGACGUCCGGAAAAGUGUCAUUCAAGGCAAUCACGGAGUUCCAAAAUGGAAUCACAUGAGAACUUGGACAAGACGGGUGGCACCCGACUUGACCAAUUGGAAAUGAACCCUACAGGUGCCAAGAAGCAGUUAAAAGACUUGGACGACCUGUUCCCAUACAUCGGUGACUUUGGCUGGUACCAGCGAUUGCUGUUCCUUCUCAUGAUACCUUACUCCUUCUUCUUCGCCUUUAUAUAUUUUUCGCAAAUCUUCAUGACAGUGGUGCCUGAACAGCAUUGGUGUCAAGUGCCGGAGCUAGCUAAUCUUACCGCUGAAUUACGUCGCCACCUGGCAAUACCUCAAAACGAUGGACAGUAUGAAAAGUGCAUAGUUUAUGACGUCGAUUGGAACAAUGUACUCACUAGUGGUGAUUUGGAGCCGAAGGUCACAUGGCCAACAAAGAAGUGUGAUGGUUGGGAGUUUAACUUUACUGAUGCACCGUAUGAGACCAUAGCCACGCAGCUCGGCUGGGUUUGCGAACGAGAUAACUACCCUGCAACAGCUCAAUCUAUCUUCUUCUGUGGAGCAAUUUUUGGAGGUCUGAUAUUCGGAUGGAUAGCGGAUAAAUAUGGCAGGGUGCCUGCUAUUCUCGGCACCAACAUGACUGGGUUCGUAGCUGGAGUAGCUACGGCAUUCACCAACAGCUUCUGGUCGUUUUGUUUGUGCCGAUUUCUGGUCGGGCUCGCGUACGACAAUUGUUUCAUGGUUAUGUACAUUGUUGUGGUAGAGUACGUAGGACCAAAAUGGCGAACAUUCGUUGCGAACAUGUCAAUAGCUGUAUAUUUUACAUUUGCGGCUUGUAUCUUACCUUGGAUCGCGCUGGCAGCUGCCGACUGGAAAAUUUACACCUUAAUAACCAGUAUACCAUUGGGACUAUCUAUAUUGACGCCAUUUAUUGUACCAGAGAGUGCAAGAUGGUUAAUAUCACAAGGCCGAAUUGAUGAAGCGUUGACUAUAAUUCAGAAAUGUGAGCGAAUCAACAAGAGGAAAAUACCAGAUGCAGUAAUAAAAGAAUUCAGGGACACAGCAAAGGAAAUAGCAAAGGCUGAAGAGGAAUUCAAGAACUACUCCUUCCUGGAUCUCUUUAAGAGCCCACGUCUUCGAAGACAGAGUAUCCUUCUGGUCGUGAUUUGGAUGUCCAUCACCAUGGUCUUUGAUGGUCACGUCAGGAAUGUAGGCUCUUUGGGCCUGGAUAUGUUUCUCACCUUCACCAUUGCGACUGCUACUGAAUUUCCUGCUGAUAUUCUCCUCAUUUUAACUUUGGAUGUUGUUGGUCGUCGUUGGCUGGCGUUCGGGUCCAUGGUACUCAGUGGGGUUUUCAGUUUCCUUGCAACUACAGUACCGUUUGGUAUUCCUUCAGCGUCAUUAGCUAUAGUGGGUCGUUUUGCAGUCAACAUUUCCUUUAACAUCGGCCUGCAAUAUGCCGCUGAGUUGUUGCCAACAGUAGUACGUGCGCAGGGACUGGCAUUGAUACACAUAACUGGAUAUAUCGCUAAUAUAUUGGUGCCAUACAUCGUGUAUUUGGCUACAAUAGCAAUAGAAAUUCCACUGCUAAUUCUGGGUACAAUCGGUAUAUUUGGCGGGUGUCUCUGCCUCGCUCUGCCCGAGUCUAUGGGUAAAGCAAUGCCUCAAACUAUACAGGAUGGAGAAGAAUAUGGAAAAGAUCAAAAGUUUUGGGACUUUCCCUGCAUAAGGAGAAAAGUUCACGAUUCAACUCAAUCGAAGAUUUAAAUAUAUUUUCCAAAAAUUGUUUAACAUAGAACUUAUAAUCUUCUAAACAAUUUUUAUAUAUACUUUUUAAAUAAAUAUAUAUUAUACUUUAGUUAACAAAUUACAAAGUUAUUCUUACAACAACGGCAAGUAGGUACUUAAGUAUUAGCUUAAUAAUACAUAUAUACUAAUAAAUUAACAUUAUGAGUUGUUACUUAUUACGGCUAUAAAAAGAAUAAGUUUAACUGUAUCCAAGAUUUAUCAGAAAACCAAUAAAUUAUAGAACAAU